AUGUCUUCAGAAAAUAAUUCAGACUUCACCGGAGAAGAUAGGGACUUUCCAAAAUCAAAAUUGGCCUUUGACUUCAAAGUAUACGAAAGACCGAUCUAUAAACCAAAUAGCGGUCCGCCUCUUCAGCCAAUUUCUCUCAUUCCUCCUCACGAUUUAAAGGGAAUUAUUCUCGAUUGUUUUCCAUACCCAAAACCAAAGGACCCUAGCCACUUCUUGGUGGGUUACGAAAAGGAGCCACAUAAUCAGCUUAUUGUACAUCCAGAUAAUAUUCGCGAUUAUGUAUCAGAAUAUACUCUGGAAAAUUGGGAGCAUGAACGAAGUACGGCGGAAGAAAAUCGUGCCAUCGAGGAACUCCAGCCGCGUUUGAUAGCUGCAGAGAGGGCAAGAGUGUUGCGAGAAUUAAAAAAGGCCGGGUUGUCACGUGAUGUUAUCAAAGGGGAGGAUGCUGAGCAGCAUCAGGCAAUUGGGAUGCCGAGGAAAAGAGGAAGGCCUCCUAAAUCUAUGGCGAGUGUAUUUAAACCUAUGCCUAAGCCAGCACCCCAGGUAAUAGGCGAGAAGCGCCGACCAGGACGACCUAGAAAAGUAGUGGAAGUUCAUGUCAAUUCGCCUACUAACUCGCACCAUCGCCAACCAUCUUUGUCUCAACCAUCCUUAUCCCAGCCAUCUCUGUCACAGCCUUUUUCUACAGCAUCAAGAGCAAUGUUGGAGCAUGUAUUUUCCAAUUCAGGAAGUGAAGAGGAAGAAGAUGAUACGAAUCUUGCGUUGGAUCAACAACUUAGCGAAGAGGCAAACCAGGAAUCUACCUCCGUUAUGAAUUCCUCCCCUGCAGCUUCGAGUCCUGUCAUGAAAGCUUCAGGUCAUGGAAAAAUGAACAAGACGCCUAUUCAGUCACCUCAAAAGAACAAAUCUUUUCAAAAGUCUCCCCACAAUCGUUCCCAACGAGCUCCAAUUCUUCCGGGCAUGAGUGUCAACGCAUAUCCGUACAAGGAUUCGAAAAUUGGUGCUUACGACGAGAACAAUAGCAUAGGGGUCGAAGGAACUCUAAUCAUGCAGAAUCAAUCUCCUUCAAGCCUUCAGCACUUACCUAUUCUAUCGGCGGAAAAUGGCAAACAGCCCAUUUACCGUACAUCUCAACGUACAAGUCAGAGAGCCCAAUCGAAAAUCGUCGAUUACUUUGACGAUUCUGACGCCCAAAUCCACACUCCAAAGAAGGUGGAAGCGAACCAAUACCACAAACCAGCAUCCAGUCUCAAGCGCAAAUCUUCGCCAUCCUUGGAACAAGAAAGAGGGUCAAGUGGAAAAUCUCGAAUUAAAAGUAGAAGACUUCACAAAGGUGCCGAUGACUACUUGGAUGCCGAUUACAAAGAGCCUUCGAAGAAAGGGGUCCAACUAGCCAUGAAUUACCGUGCCUCAAGCUCCGACCCUAGCCCAAGUGCACGACGUGGAAGCAAUAGCUUCAAUCUGCGUAGCUCCAGAAGCAGAAGUAGAAGACUCGAAUCUUCCCCAGAAGCUGAACCAAAUGCAGAAGAUAAAGGUGGGAGUGAAAAUAAAAGCAAAGAGAGGGGCUCGGAAAAAGCUUUUAAAGACGAACCGCCGGUGUGGUCUGUGAAAUCUAUCCUGGAUCACAAGUAUGAAUGGAAUGAAAACCAUGAUAAGCAGGAACUAUGGUAUUUUGUCGACUGGGAAGAAGAUUGGGAUCCAUCAUGGGAGCCUGCCAAACUCGUUUCAGAUGGGCCCAUUGAUGAUUACAUCGCUUCGAGACGAGCUAAUGGACUUGGUGAUCUUUCUAUUUCCAUCGAAGCGAUAGAUAUUGGAAGAAAUAACGAUGAGGUAUCACAGGGAAAUCAUCUUGAACAUAGUAUCGAAAAUGAUAUAUAA